CGCUGGUGUUUCAGGAAUGUUCAAAUUGCAUUCUCGGGGAAGAGACACAUCUGCCAUAUCCAGGCACUUCAUUACAGCCCGCAGAGACCCUGGAAACCCCCUCAGAGGAAACAAAUCUGCCUCCGGCAAUGGAUUUAGAAAUGUCUCCAAGCAGCCCGACCUUGCUCCUGAGAAACAUAGAGAAGCAGAGUGCUCAACUGACUGAAAUGGUCAGCAGUCUUAUUGCAGCGAUCCCCAUGACUCUGUCUCCUACCAAUCCCGUUAAACCCUUUGCAAAUGGAAAGAUGACGGCAAAAGGUCCUCCUGGAACAUCAAAGCUACAAAAGGCAUGCGCUCCCACCAGGAAUGGAUUCUGCAAGCAGCAGCCAGUAAAAAGAAGGAAGCGGAUCCGUGUCAGAGCCUCCUCCAAUUUUGGGAGCAGUUCAGCCCGCACCAGACCCCUGCUGCUCUUUCACAAGCGGAACCUAUAUAGAAUGUUUCCGGACCACACGCCUUUACAUUUGACGUUGCACUCUCACCAAGCACUACAUGGAAGUAAUGAGUCAUGGCAAACCUCAGACUACAGCUCUACCUGGAUCAGUUGUGACAAGCCUCAAAAAUCUGUGCUGGUAAACAGAGAUGUCUGUGAGAUAGAGCCAAACUUCCACCCCAUCUUGUCACUACCUGCUGACCUUCCAUUACAUCUGCACCUUGAGGGUUUGCUGACGACGUGCAAGACUGACAUUAGGGAUUCACUAAAUAGCAGAUUUUUCAACUAUGAUGACGAUGAAAAUCUCUCUCAUGUACCAGCCAGAUGGAGCAAGAGUUGUACCUCAAGCCCUGGGCCACAACUUGUACUUGAAACGCACAACCAAGAAAGACAAGGUGGAGGCAUGGCUGAAGCCGAUGCUCAGCCCAGCCAUGAUCUCACGGGGACCCACACUUCUCAUAAAACCUCUGUACAGUUAGAGGCACGGGACCCCGGCAUUGUGCUAAGUGCAGCAAGGCGAAGAUUGAGGAGUGAAAGCUCCUACGACAUUGACAACAUAGUUAUCCCCAUGAACCUGGUUGCACCAUCUAAAUUAGAGAAAUUACAUUACAAAGAAAUUCUCACCCCAAGUUGGAAAGAAGUUGCACUUGAACCAUUGACAUGUCCUCCGUGUGAAGAGAUUGAAGAUCUGUCAGAUGAGGCUUUUUUAAUCCGACAUCAAAAAUAUGAGCGGGCAGAAAGGGCUCGCUGGUCAUUUUGGGAACAGAGCAAAUGGCCAAAACGGAGCAGGUCUUCAAGUCAUAGCUCAGGGCAAUGCACGGAAGACAACUGGAGUCCAAAUUCCACAUCACCCGAUUCUUGGGACACACCGCCGCCUGGUGGUUGUGCUUUGCAAGCCCUACGGUCUUCAGCUGAUUUUCAGCAAGGGAAGGCACAACACUGGGAGCGUAGAAUAUUUCCUCUUACAGGAGAAGCUGCUGUGGCUUUAAAUGAUACACAGACAACGACAAAACACUUGUCUCGUCCCCCAGCCCAUGAGGACAAAGAAGCGAUAUGCCUUCAUUCCAGCUGUGACAAGGAAAAUAGGUGAUGGAGCAUUGUCCACUAAUACUCACAGGCUAGCCCGGGGCUUUGGAAGAUGAGCAAGGUGCUGUUGAAGACCCCGAAGCCCCGCAGAUGAUUUGGCCAGUCACCAUUAGAUCCUGCGUGCAGUACUCCAGAGUUAUGAACGUUCAGGUCCAGCUUCAUGUUAUUUGACUGUAGGAUACAAGAAGUCCACACAAAUGUCAGAGAGGAAAUGCUUUUUCAAUGAGGAGGUCCUGGUAGCAGUAAGCUGGUGGACCAGAAGCAAAGCAGAGCACUUCUCUGUACACUUUACAUGCAGUGCACACUUCAGGAUUUUGGGGGCCAUUCAAGGGGUACUACUGUACUUAGUGCUAGUAGGGCAUCUGAUAGUUCCUAAUUUAUGGAGGUCUGUCUCCAUGUGAAAGUUUCACUUGAGGUUUGCUGUUAUGUUGUGAUUUUGAGCCUUCUAUAAUGCAGACCUGCCAGCAUACAACGGACGAUACAACCUGAUCCACGUGGAUCUGUUUCCAUGUAACCUAAAGUAGUUCUUUGUUUCACGCUGCGCAGUUUUACGUUCAUUGUUCACAGUUUAUAUUGUGUCGUCGCCUUUUACAUGACCAUUCAAGGAUUCAGUGGAAGGUGUGGUGAAGACUGCCGACGACAUGACAUUAGCUCUUAUCAGUUCUUGUCGAGGGAUCAGCAACCUCCAGCUGUUCUGAAGCUACAACUCCCAGCAUGCACCAUUCACUUCUAUGGGAGUUAUAAGACCAGGUGAGCCAAGUGUGCAUGCUGGGAGUUGUAGUUUCACAGCAGCUGGAGUGCCAAAGGUUGCGGAUCUCUGUCCUUGUCUAAAGAAAUAACUUUAACAAAAGGAUCCGUCACCUCUCCUGCCAUGUCUGUCUUAGAAAUACAUGUAUUUCCUAUGAAUUAACAACUCGAGGUCAUCUUAGAACUCGGCAUUGGGCUAUUCCUCUGUUAUUCUUCCUAGAAACGUGUGACUACAUUAUAAACUGUUUGACACUGUUCCAUCAGUGCUGACAUGGUAAGAGUGAACAGACACGCUGAAUAGUGAUAGCUUUCCAGGAAGAAUAACAGAGGAAAGACACAAGGCCGAGCGCUAAGAAAAGAUGCUCCAGAACUAGUUGUAAAUACUUCCAGUCCCCAUACAAUAGCACGGAGAGUUGACGGGUCCUCUUCAGCUUGUCCGUUUUCUAAACCAUGAACAAGUUCUCUUCUGUUGGAUUUUUUUAAAUAAAGUUAUUGCAGUAAAUUGUGUUGUCCGACCCUUUGUGUUUCCCCGCUGAGACG